AUGGAACACAUCUUACACCUGCUUCCCCCUUUUCCGCCUCAAUGGGAUGAAUCGCCUUUUCCUUCCUUCAUACAGGAAGGAGAAGAUGAGUAUGAGAAAGAUGGUUUUAUAGUGGAUGAUAUUGAUGAAGACGAACAGGAUACAGAGGAAGAAGACAGGGUGGAUAGUGAUGAUGAGAUGCAAAAGAAGAAGAAAAGAAAGAAAAGGGAAUCGGAGAAGAACUAUGUUCUUGAUGAAGAUGAUUAUGAGCUUCUUCAAGAUAACAACAUCACUAGAUUUCGACGUCCAAAAGUCGAGAGUAAAAAAGGAUCAGAUGAAGAGGAAGAGGAUGGUGACAUUGGUGAGGAAGAAGAUGAAAUGGUUGACUUCAUUGUUGAUGAGGAAGAGGUUGAUGAACAUGGUGAACCAACAAGGAGGAGGAAGGUCAACAGGAAAAAGUCAAGGCAGGCCCCAGGGGUUUCCUCACAAGCACUGACAAUAACAGUGAUACGCUUUCUAGGAAUAUGUGGGAAAACUUUUCUUCAUGGAUGCCAAGGAGAGAGGUGGCUCCUCAGUCAACAGAAGAAAAUAGUAGUUUUCCUGGAUGAAGCAAUUGCAAGAAAUGAUAGAAGGAAGGGAGGGAUAAAUACAGAUGCCACAGCAGCAAUAAGUGUUGUAUCGGAUGAAGAGAUCCAAAAGCUUGUGGCAAUGGGUUUUGAUAAGGUUAUAUUUUCCGCACCUGUUAUUGUCAGUGCUGAAGCUCAUGAUAUAUUUGGUGAUGUGGAUGAGUUGUUGAGGCAACGCACCAUUCUUUCCAAUAAAUACAAAACUGAAAAAGGUGAGUACAUUCGGGAGAUAGAUAUUCCAGAAAGAAUCGAGAUAUCUGAGGAAAGCACUGAUCCUCCAUCAACAGAUAAAAUGAGUAUAGAAGAGGAGAGUACUUGGAUUCUUCAUCGACUUCAAAAGGGUGUGGUAUUGUUUGGCAGAGGACGCGAUAGAACAACCGAAAAAGGGCAUGACCUGGCAAUAGUUAAGGAUGACAUUAUGCGGUUUUUAGAAUUUAUGCAUGCAUGUCCAGAAAUUAGAUGUACCAUUUAUUGCUAUGUAUAG